GUUAGUGUGCACGAUAAUGGCGACGGUACCGUCCACCGCUCCGAUGGAACAGCAACGUCGCGACACGCAGCCCAUACCCAAGUCCAAGAGGAAGCUGCAGAAGCACCUACGCAGCGCCGGCCUGGCCUACAUAUCCAGGACGGGGAAGCUGAUACCCGCCAAGAGGGUGGCAGAGGAGCUGUGCCAGUGCCCCCAAAAAUGUGAUGACCGUGUGCCUUCCGAGGCCCGCACCAACCUGUUCAAGCACUUCUACGGCUUGGGCGAGGCGGACCUGCAGAACCAGUUCCUGCGCGACAACAUGGACCUGCGCGCCCGCCUCAACGUGCCCGAGUCGACGGGCUCGGGGCGUCCGCCCCGGCGCAUCACCUGCAAGUACCUGGUGCCGCUGCUGCCGUCCGACGACAAGGUCGAGGUGUGCCAGAAGGCGUUCGUCAGUGCCUUUGUGAUAACGACCAAACGGGUGCGCUUGCAGCGCGAGAAGCUGAUCUCCAGCCUGGGCCUGAACAGCUACAGCAGCCACAACAGGAGCAAGAACAACAACAACUUGACGGCGGUCAACCACAACCACACCAGCUCGCGGGUCGAGAGUCUGGAGAUCAAGAAGUACCUUAGCAGUAUGGCGCCGCUUAAUCUGCCUUUGUCCCUGAACAUCAACGUGAGGGGGCGCCACGAGGACGCCAUGGAGGAGGACGACGACGAGGAGGCGUCCCUCAGUCCGGAACCAAAGAGCCCCGCCGAGUUGGCUGCGGAGGGUGGCGGCGGUAAGAGGUCGCGCACGAGGAGGAACAACGUGGACAACCCCCUGAUACCGAUGGGGCUGUACGUGCCGGACGGGGUGACCAUAGCGCCGGUGACGGCGACGCCCGACCACGACCGGGACAUCGCCAAAAUCAACAACUUCUUCUCGAACCAGUUGUGGAAGCCGGAGUAUAUAGGGGCGUACUCCUGAAGGGUCCAAGUUAAUUAGGUUACCAACGCCCGCCGCGCCCUCCACCCACCACUGUACUUAGCUUAAUUAUUAAACUAAUUAUAAAUAUGAUCAAUUUUUACCUAGAUGAAGAUACCUAUACGUAUUGUUAUUUAUAUUUAUACGAGAUAGUUUAUUAUUAUAUGGAGUAUAUAUUUGUUUUCAAUAAAAUGUUUUUUUUUUAACUGUU